UGGGUACAAAGCAUCAGCCAGGGCCAGCAGCCUUCAGUCGGUAGCUGGGAGGGUAAGGAGGAGGAGCUCCGACUAUAUUCUGUGACAGCAUUUUUUGUGUCCCUUAGCAUUUUUUGGUUGACAUCCUUCAAUCCAGGAAAAUUCCCCAACUCACAGCAGCCACCGUGAGAGGUGGUGGCUGAGGCUCCAGGCUCGCCUGGGGUCACACCACUUGGGCAAGACAGUGCAUUGGACUAAGGAGAGAGGAAACAGCAGUGCAGGUGCCCCAUAGGGAACAAACUGAGUUCUCCCAUGGGCCCCUGCUGUGGCCUCAGCUGUGACUGCUGCAGGCUGAACGUGGGACCCUGCAAUGAAUCUGAGACUGUUGAGGCUGUGGCAGCCGCGGCACCAGCAUCCACCGCUGCAGAGGCUGCCAGAUUGAAUUUGGGAGCCACGGAGGUCCAUCCCGUGCAGGACCAGAGCAACCCCGAGCUCCCCAAAGAUUUGGCCGCCCGUCCCAAGCGCUGGACAACAAAAAUAGGGAGACGGAACAAAAUUUGGCCUGUAGGAAAUAAAGGCUCUGAUGAAGAUCGGCAGGUGCCUGCACGUGGUGGGGUGGAGAAUAUGAAAUCAGAACUUAGAAAGUCGAACGCCCAGGCUAACCUCUGUUUGGCCGCCCGUCCCAAGCGCUGGACACCAAAACUAUGGAGACGGAACAAAAUUUGGCCUGUAGGAAAUAAAGAUUCUGAUGAACAUCUUGAGGAAUCUGCACAGAGCGAUGUGGAGGAGAACAUGAGAUCAGAACUUAGAAAGUCGAACGCCCAGGGUAACCUCUGUUUGGCCGCCCGUCCCAAGCGCUGGACACCAAAACUAUGGAGAUGGAACAAAAUUUGGCCUGUAGGAAAUAAAGAUUCUGAUGAACAUCUUGAGGAAUCUGCACAGAGCGAUGUGGAGGAGAACAUGAGAUCAGAACUUAGAAAGUCGAACGCCCAGGGUAACCUCUGUUUGGCCGCCCGUCCCAAGCGCUGGACACCAAAACUAUGGAGAUGGAACAAAAUUUGGCGUUUCGGAAAUAAAGGAUCUGUUGAACAUCUGCAGGCGUUCCCACAUGACGGUGUGGAGGACAAUACGGGAUCAGAACUUGAUUUAUCUACAGCUGAGUAUGACAACCGUCCUGUUGAAGAGCUGCAGGAGCCUGCCCAUGGCAGCGUGGAGGAUAUGAAAUCAGAACUUGAAUUAUCUACAGCUGAGUAUGACGACCUUUCUGAUGAAGAUCUGCAGGAGCCUGCAUAUGGCGGCGUGGAGGAUAUGAAAUCAGAACUUAGCACUUCGAAAACCCAGUCUCAACUCUAUUUGGUCGAAGAUCUCAGUGAGGGUCCAUCUGGUGGUCUUGAAGAUCUCAUGACAUCGGAGAUGGCAAAGGAGAGACGCCAAGCUUACCUCUGCUGGGCUGAGAUGGCAGAAUCUCGACUCAAGAAAUCCCCCAGCUCCCAGGUUCGAGGACUUCUCCGGCUUCCGCGUCCCAAGUAGCUGGGAUCAGGGAUGCCUGCCACCACCCCCAGCUACCAUCAUUUUAUGAAUGCAUAUUUCCAUCUGGGUGAAAAAAAACAUCGCAAACCCCUUUCUCUUCCUACUGAGCACCUGUGAACAGUGACCUGCAGUUUGUGGCUGUAGCCAGUCCUCAGGGAGCCUGGUGUUCUUACAUUUCAUUCUGAGGCUCACAUUCUCAGUCACCCUGCAGGAGAACACCCGCCCCAUCCUGGGUCAUUACAGGGUGUGCCCAUCCAUCUGCUGCAUCUGAGGAGCUGGGUCCAGCUUCUACGGUGAAUCCAUAUAUUUCUGUGUUUCCUGGAUAAGGAAGAGGAAAGGAGCUGAGCUGGGGGAGGAAGAAGAGGUAAUAUUAACUGACUCCUUAUUUUGUACCAGGCACUGUACUAGUUACAUAUCCUUUUAUCUCAUGUAAUUCUUACCAAACAGUAAGGGGGUUGGGAGUGAUAGGGACAAUACUGUUACCUCCAUUUUAGGGUGAGAAAAUGAAGGCUCAGAAAGGUUAAA